AUGGUAUCUUAUCGAAGUUUAGAUACUUGUCUAGGAAGCCUUUAUUUAUCCAAGGGACCUGGAGAACAUUUGUCUCACGCAGAAGCUCUGUUUACUGCCCGACUCGAUGCUGAGGAUCGCAGGAGAACACGUUGGACGACAGCUGAUGACUUCAAUAAAAGUGGACAUCAGGCAUGUGAAGAGGGAGCACCUAUACCUGGUUAUUCUCUUGUAUGUAGGAGUUGUUGGCAUUUAAGUGGUGCAGAAUGUAAUGGGCCGAAUGUGACCUGCCCUGAAAAUGGCGUCUGCGUCGCUGCCCUCUCCUCAGUGAGUGUUGGAGCCUCUGUCACCCCACAAUAUUCUCUUUCAUGCGGAACACAGAAUGAAUGUGACCGGAGCAGCAGCUUGACCUUCAACUAUGGCACCGUGCGGACAGCGACUUCAUGCUGCAGCACGGAUUCCUGCGUCCCCACUCUUCCCACCUUGCCAAGUCCAAGUUCAGAAAAGAAUGGCCUGACAUGUAGAACGUGUUCAUCCGACUCCUCCGACUAUUGCUACACGUCAGAGACCCUACAGUGCACCGGAAAGGAGACCAAGUGUGGACGUAUGGCAAGGACAUUAUCUGGUACAAUAAACCUAAAAGAUGCUAUCCGGGGCUGUGCCACCUCAAGCUUCUGUGACAUCCUUGGCACCCAGAAUACGGUCAUCGAUGGAUUAUACGUGGACAUGAAGACGUACUGCAGCGAUGGCGCCGCCGGCCUCACUGCUGGAUACUUCAUCUCUAUAUUUACGGCCUUGGUCACAAAACUAUUGAUAUAGAGGAAACAUUCAGUGAUGUAGUUUUUUUCCUGAUAUUGACAAAAUGUUAUAAUUCUUUUAAUACGUGUAAGGCCUCGUUCCCAUUGCCGUCGGACACGCAAGUGAAUGGGGUCCAUCAGGACCUGGCGGUAGCCAUUUGCAUCAGACCAGUGUCGUAUUGGCUAAAAAAAAAAAGCAAAAAAAAAAAAAUAG